UGAACGAAAUCGCAUGUUACGCUAUGUGAGUGUGCGACGUCGUGAGUGCUGUCUGCGAGUAAUUUUUGCUUUUUACCUUUUUAUUUUUAUAAUUAACCGAUAUAGACACAGUGAUUAGUAAUGUAAUAACCAUAAGUGAUAAGAAUUGUGAUAUGUAAAAGCGAUGGCAAAUAAUAUACGCAGUGUUUUCGUAUACUAUGUGAACCAGUGCAAUAACUCGUCACUUUGGUUGUUUGUCAAUGACGUCUGCGUUUAGCGCAGCAAAAAGUGGAAUUUUAGUUUGAUUGUGACAAGUAGUGCAAACAUAAAAUAUAUAAAUUGUGUUAUUAGAUGUGUGUUCGUAAAAUGGAUGAGUGUGAUCUCCACCUGAAGCUUCUUUCAUCAACUGGGGCCAACAGAGGUGGCUCAUGAAGAAAGGGUACGUAAACAUUAUGCGGUGUCGGGGUUCUUGGAAUUCUACUGAUGCUAAAUGUAUUUACAGUACACCCACAAACUUUUUAAUACCGGCCACACAAAAUGAUGCUGGAGUCGAGCCGGUACGACAAGUGGGAUCGUGACCGGGGCGGGGGCGGCGGUGCUGGCGGCGGCGCGGGCGGCGGCGCAGGCGCCAGCGGCGGCCCCUGGCCGGGCCGGGACCGCGAGCGCGACCGCGAAAGGGAGCGGCAAGCGCGCGCCAGCCAGAUGUUUCACGCGCACGCCGCCGAGCCGGACGAGUCCUCGCUCUUCUCAGCGCCGUUUAGGGUGACUGGCAGCAGAGACAGCGUCAGUCAGCAGAUCCAGACGAAGCUCGGCGAUUACCAUCUCGCGCAGAGCUUCAUCGAGGACCCGAGCAAGUCGAUCGGCAUCUGCGCAGAACCACCCAGCCCGGCACCAUGUCCGCCGUCGCGAAGGGAGAGCGAGUUCAAGAAGCCGGCGCACACGAUGCUCGCGCCGCAGAACGGCCGCGUGCUGCACCGUGCCUACCCCUACAACAAGAGCGAUGGGCCGAGCUCAACAGGAGCGCCGGCGCAUCGGCCGCCGCCUCUACGGAUGCCAAACGGUCUUCAGUCCCAAAGUGUAAUCGAUAGCAGUCAACCGCCAAUUGAAAGCAUUUUAAAGGAGAUGAAGUCCCUGCCUACGCCGCUGACGGUCAUAGCGGCAACACCCAGGAAGGAGGCCGAGAAUAAGUUCAUUUUCAACCCCUACACAAAUAAGGUUCAAGAAAACCCACAAAUAACCAACACCGAUCUCAAAGCGCCCAUCACAAAACCCGGUUUAGACAACCGGAUAUCAAACCCUAGAAGCUCAGUGUCGCCUGACGUAGUGAACAAGGAUCUCGGGCUUUCGGAGAGCGACGAUGAGGUCGCCGCCGCGGGCCAUCGACUCGGACCCCCGCUGUCACCCAUCGGCUCGAACAGCCCCAGUUCGGGCAGUUCAUCACAAUCUGACUCGGAGACGGAGUCUUCGUCAGCGGAGUCUAGCGCGGCGCCGCCCGCCGCGCCGGAGCCCGCGCCCGCCGCCCCCACCGCCGCGCCGCCGGCGCCCACGCAGCGCUCCUCUUGGAGCCUCGUCAACUUCGUGCCGGCGCCUGCGCAGCCGCCAGAUCAGCAGUAUGACUCUGGCAACAAGCUGAGACAUGUACUCGCCGGCGUUACAGGGAAAUCGAGCCCAAUCUCGGAGAUGUCGGACUCGGAGGCGUCCUCGCCGUCCCCCGAGGCGACGCGGCGGAGACGGUCCAUAGCCAACCGGAUCUCGGCCGCGUCCAGCGACGAGGAUACGCCCAGGCAUGCUACGAACUCCCCGCGCGUGGUUGCCGCGGCGGCUCCUGCGCCGCUGAAGCGCGGGCGGCCCCCUAAGGCGCGCAACUCGGACGAGCGGCCCGCCAAGAAGAAGCGCGGCCGUCCGCCUAAGACUCGGCCUCCCUCCCCGCCGCCCGCGCCGGCGCCACCCCCUGCGCCUGUGCGUGCCCCCUCCCCGCCCCCCGACAGCGACGUCGAACCCGACCCCCCCGUGCACCACCCCACGCUGCAGGACACCAAGACACACAUCUUCCGCAAGGUCUUUACCCCGAGAAAAGGAGACGAAGGCGGCGGAAAAGGUGGAAAGGGAGGAAAAGGGAAGGGAGGAAAGGCUAAAGGUCAAGUGACGAUCAUCGAGGUCACCGCACCGGAGUCGGGCGCUGACGACGACGAUCGUCGGUAUAGAGAGAGGUCUAAUGAAAGGCGCAAUGAAGAAGCUCUUGCAAGAGUCUCGCCUCCUCGCGAACCAGAGUCUGUCACCCGGCGGAGGGAAGCGGACAGGAUCGCACAAGAGAGGAUACAGGAGAGAGUGGCCAUCGAGCGGGCUGACCAUCGACGCUCCGCCGACAGGGUCGACCGCUCCAUCACAGAACGGACGUCAAAUGACCGGAUACCGGAAAGGACGUCGUUCGAACGUGUUCCUACGGAAAGGGCAGUCAGCGAUCGAAUACCUACCGACAGGUUAUCUAACGAUCGAAUACCCUCAGAGAGGACGUCCAAUGAUCGGAUACCCUCAGAGAGAUCGUCGAAUGACCGAUUAUCGGACCGAAUGGGUAGAGAUAGGACUCCGUCAGACAGAAUGUCGAACGAUCGGUUACCUAGAGAAAGAACGCCGAACGAUCGGUUGUCAGAUCGGAUGACGAUCGAGAGAGUGCCCUCCGAAAGGAUGUCGAAUGAACGGCUAAUGGUCGACCGGCUACCUGAAAGAAUGUCGAUCGACCGAGUCUCUAACGAGAGGAUGUCGAGCGAUCGGCUAUCGGAGAGAAUGGCGAUCGAUAGAACGCCGACCGAUAGGCUGGAGCGGCCAUCAGUCAGUGAGCGUUUGUCAACGGAAAGGCUGUCUGGUGGUCUCUCGUCAGAUCGACACAUGUCCGAUCGGUUAUCGGGCGAGAAGACAUCGUUCGAUCGGUUACCGAGUGAGAAACUAUCACACGACCGGCUGUCGAUAGAUAAACCUCACGAGCGCGUGCCUUCAGAGAAAAUUUCUCAUGACCGUCUGGCAGAAAAGAUGUCGGUGAGUCGAUUACCGGACAACAGGAUGUCCAUCGAUCGACUAACAGAUAGUAAGAUGUCGAUCGACCGACUGACAGACAGCAAGAUGUCUAUCGACCGCCUACCGGAGAACAAGAUAGAUAGACUAACGGAGAAUAGUAAAAUGGAUCGGUUGACGGAUAGUAAAAUGUCGAUCGAUCGGUUAACAGAUAGUAAGAUGUCGAUAGACCGAUUGACAGAUAGUAAAGCGCCGUUGGACCGAGUAGAACGUAUCGCAGCGGAGCGGUACGUGAAAGCGGAGGCUGACGUCGGCUCCGGCCUCAAGUCCGGCAGAGGGUCGGAGAGACUCGAGGAAGCGUCUUCUAACGUGGUGGAGCGGCGCCGGUCGCGGCUGCUGGUGAAGAUCCCGCUGUCGCUGCUCCGCGCGGAGCUGGUGAGCUCGCUGCAGCGCCGCACCAGGCCGCCGCCGCCGCCACACCACCACACGAGUGUGGAGGUGGCCACGAACCACGAGCGGACCGGCGCGAGCACCGAACAGACGCCCAUCUACUUCUCGUACUUCGAGCGGCUCCCCGCCGACGCGCUCUCCGACGAGGAGCGGGACCACAAGUACUACCUGGACGAGGCGACGCGCCUGCGCAACGCGGCCAUGCGCGAGCAGGAGCCCCUCCCGCGCGUCAUGCUGUACCUGGAGUCCGUGCUGUGCUUCGUGCUCACGGGCCGCGUGCUGGAGCUGGAGCUCGACACCAAGGGCGCCUUCACCAUCUACCGCGAGACCAUCGAGUACAUCAAGUCCAUCCACUCCAUGCCGCAGCGCUUCCGCGCCUCGCCGCACGACACCUUCAACAAGCUCGAUAUACUCAGCCUCCGCGUCCAAGCCCUCCUGUACCUGCGCAUGUUUAAGAUGUACAAUCGCGAAGUGAAAGAGUACAACAAGGUGGUACACGAGUAUCAGCAAAAGGUGAGUAAGCCGGCGCUGGCGGAGUCGGUGUCGCCGCUGUCGCCGACGCCAUCUCCGGCGGGCUCGGUGGGGUCGGUGGGGUCGGGCUCGGCGUCGUCGGGCUACUGCUCGCUGGCGCACUCGGUGCCUGCGCACGCGCACACGGCGCUGCUGCUGCUCACCAAGUACUACGCCUUCCUCUACGUCGCGCACGACCUGUGGGAGCAGGCCGACUCGCUCUGCAGGCUGCGCGCCAACCAAGAUCUGUUCAUCUCCGUGGACCGUAAGUGCGGUCCCCUGUCCCUCUCGUCGACGUUCCGCCACCUCGUGCAGUACGUGCGGUACGCGAUAUCGCUGCUGAAGAACGCGCAGACCGAGUGACCCCACGCCUGACGCCGGCCCGCACUCCCGCGCCACCCCGCACACAAACAUCGACAGAUCACACACAACUUGCAAGGAACUUGACCUAGCGGUACGCCGACGUCGAGAUUUUUGAAUGUCAAAUAUCGAUACGGCGAUAUGUGACUCGACAUCGAACGACGUUUCAAUUAUCUGUCGUUAUCGGGCUUAUAGUGUAACGCCGUGCUACCUAUGUAAAACAGUAUUGUUAUGUAAAACAUACAUCACAUUAUGAUAAGGAACUGAAAACACUAGCAGGUUUGUCGAUAUCGAUAGAUCGAUGACAAUCGGUUACUCCUUUUAGCGCUAUUUACGUACAUUUCUUCUCGGUGUGAAGCUUUUUGUAUUAAAACGCAGUAGAGACGCGCUUCAAACUUCCUGUAACAUUAUUUUCGAUUCUCAUUUCGUCUAUCGUAUCGAUAAGCCUGUCGUGUUCUAUGUCGAUGACAGACCAUGCCUUAAUAAUGGCAGCAAAGGGAUACAAAAACGGGAACAGCAUAUAACCGAACACUGUCUUCGCAUUUCACUCUUCCCAAAAUCGAUGACCAAAAAGUGUACAAAGGAUAUGUAAAUAAUGCUUCGUUGCCUAGCAACGGGUAAGCGUCGAGUCCGAACAUUGGAACAUUGACUCUGUAACUGUAAAUUAAGUGAUAGUAUAAUCAUAUCUUAAGUGUUUUUCUUUUGUAGUUAUUUCUCUAUCAGAAAUGUAAAUCGUCUUACCGUCGGGAACACAUAUACGAAUUGCUCGUUAGCAUAAUGGGAGUUAUACGAGGAAAUAUUUUGAUUGCAUGUGGGCCAAAUCGAGUAUAUUGUUAAUAUCUCAACAUGUAUGGGAACACCCAGUAGAGUUUCGCAAUAAUUUAACAGUUCUUAUUAUACUUUGCUUGGUUGAAUUUGCGUGUGUGUACUAUGAUGUGUGUUUAUCGAAUUUGUAGUCGGUUAUGAUUUAGUUCCGCUGAUGGACUGUAACAUGAAAUUCAGGUGAUGAUCAAAAAUGAAUUCUCAAACAAUAUUUAAGAGUUAAGAUGAAACACGCGAGCGUUUAGCUAUCGGAUUGCAUAGAUAAAACUAUUUAAACUUGAUUCAAAAUAGCGUCCUGUCAAUUUUAAACUGACAAUGAGUAAUGUCGUUUGUCGGUUGUAAAAAGCAAGUUCCGGAAGUGCUACGGGAUUAAUUACAAAACGGUUUAAGUACUUAGUUAACAGUCUUAACGCUUGUAACAAAAUUCGACAGAACAAUAAUUUUCUCGGAAAUUAAAUAAAUAAUUUAAUGAAGUAUACAGAACAAUAACUGAGCAAAACCCUGUUAAGUGUCUUGACGUGUAAUAUUAAAAAAGUUUUUUCUUAUACAUAUCAAAAUAAUUUGGUGACAGAAUCAGCGAAAUGACGAUUCGAUAACAAUUUACUUGUAUGAUUUCUUAUGCUUAGGAAAUUUAAUAUAUGCGAUCACUUAUUUUUAUUAUCAUAUACCUAAUUAUUUUUGAGUGACAAUAAUGCACAUAUAGAGAUGCUAGAUUUGUUUAAAUUGUAAAGAAGGUAAUUCAUACGUGUAUAAAAUAGGGGAGAAUCAAAACGUGGAAGCGUAACGUGACUAUAAAUGGAACAAUUGUUUCGAUGUUUUCGUUUCGAUAAUAAAGUUCAAAUGAUGUUGUUUUGGACGCGCUAUGAAGAGUACAAUGUGGAUCGCGCGGCCGGUCCGAUGACCGGUCCGAGGUCCGGUCCGAUGUCCGGUCCCGUCCGAGGUCCGGUCCGGUGUCGGGCCGGCGGUCGCGUCCGUUUACAAAUUCGCCGUAACACCAAUAUAUCUAUUUCUGUCGGUUGUUCAUCUUUAUGUUGUGAUUGUAUAUAAUAAUAUAUUAUACAUUUUGUAAUGAAUAUACAUGUUAGUGCCAGUUAGGGUUUUGUAUGGACGUAUACAGUGAGCGCGGGUGGGAGCGAGAGAGCGUGCCAGAGUGGGAGUGAGACGGACAGAAUGGGAGUGCAGCGGACGUCGCGUCCUCACACGUCGUAACUCGCAACUGUUAUAAAGGGUGACUCGAGAUGCCUUGUACAUAGUAUAUUGUAAGAAAUGUGUAGUUUUCAUUCUAUAUUUUAAUUUAUAUUGUAAACUAUAUUUAUAACUAAGCGGACAAGGAAAUUAACAUAAUAAUUGAUAUAAUACGUGUGUGCGUGUCUGAUGUGUGGAUGUCGAGGCCUGGCGUGCGAUUGAAUGUUCACGGGGAUGUUUUUAAUAAGACAAUUUGUUUAUUUAAAUGAAUAAAUAUAUAUAUGAAUUUUGUAAACGUUGUUAGGCGAGCUUGCAGCGUUCACAUUUAGUAGUAGUUUAGGUGUUAACUCGGCGAGCCGAAGCAAUACGUGGCGGAUCCUACGAGCCGCGCUAGUUACCGUCGCGGUCCCGUCGCGGUCCCGUCGCGGCCCCGUCGCGGCCACGCCAGCGCACUGCGCAUGCGUUCACUACUUAAUGUACGAUUUGUCGACUGCGCACCCAUUGUUACGUGUAUUCAUUUCACUCCAAAUUUAAAAUCAAGUAUAUCGCGCAUCGAUUUUGAAAUGUUUACUCCAUUUUAACAUCGUCUUUUUCAGAGUAUUCAUUGAAAAUUAUGAACAAAUAUUAUCAUUUAAUUAUUUUUGUUUUAUGUAUUUAGUCGUCGUGUUAUUAUUUGCAAUCUUAGUAUAUUUACGAAUAUUGUGAUUUUUGUUGACAAUAUUUCUUCUAUAAACGUAUUUUAUUAAAAUUAAAUUACAUAUCAGUCAAGUAAACAACUGCAAGAACAAUUGAUAAUGUAAUAUUUUGUUUUGAUUAAUGCGAGACAUUGUUUUCAUAAAGAUUGUAUUAUGACUACAAAUAUGCGGGUUUUGCGACCAUGAAUUAAAACCAAGUAAAAAAAAUAUAUUUUUUGUAUAUACGUAACAAUUAGCGUGCAAUGCAACUCAUAGUUGCAGUUUUAACACCAAACAUUCAGCACAUAAUACUAUCACAAAAUCUAAGUGAUUAUUUAACGCAAUCGGUACUUAUUACCCGCACAAAUGUUUAUUACGUUUUAGUUCGUUAUUUUAUUUAUUGUGCUCUUAUAUUUAUUAUCAUUUUAUUAUACACAAAGCGAUGGUUACUUAACAAUUUUAAAAUUAAGGCACAGUUUUAUGUAUUAAAGAUCUGUUAUAUAAAAGUGCCAGCGUCUGUUUUUACGGUCAUAUUUUAUUUAAUAAUAAAUAUGUAUCAAACGCAUGUUCAUGGAUUGUACUUUGUCUCUUCAAAAUUGUUGAGAGACACAAAAAAUAUUUUUCGAAAAUGGGUUAGACAAGUUGUAGAAUUACUUAUAUUUAUUGCUUAUGUUAAUUAUCAAAAAAUCACAAUUGCAUCUCGUUUGGAAACUCGCAACUAUUGGAUUUCUCUUUUUUUGUUAAUGUUCUUAGUUCUUAAAUUUGAGUUAUUAUAAAUUUAUUUGAUUUUGUUUUGUUGCUUAUUUAAACAUUAAGCCGUAAGUUGUCUAUCUUCCUAUUACGUUAUCGAUAAAAUCCUGUCUUUCAUACACUAGAAUCGAUUGAUAAAUCGAUUGCACUGUAAAUUGAUUAGUUUAUUCCUAUUAUCUGAUUUAGAGUUACCUUGUAUCGAUUUCUCGUGUAUAAUAUCGAGAAGUGACAUCGAUUCUAAUUCUGAAUUUUAAAUAAUGUGCCCUAAAAUUGAAACCAAAUCCUAUUGUCAUUUUAAUACUAAGUCGAUGAACAAGUGUGAAGCGCUGGUUCGGAGCGUUGGACGAUUGUUUUAGACAAUUGUUUAAUACUGUUUUCCUUUUUUAAUGGUAGCAUCUUGUGUUGAUAGUAUGUAUAAUUUGUUUUUUUUUUAUUAUUCGCGUUAAGAAUUAUGUAUAAAUUUGUUUUUCCUCUAAUUUUAUUAUUUGUGUAACUAUACCUUAUGUUAUUGAUUAUAGAAUACAAUAAUUUUUAUGUAUGGAU